AUGCCCCCAUCACCCAUAACCCUCCGCCGCGCCACGAAGGCCGACCUCCCGCGGAUGAUGCGCAUCCUCCUGGAUGCAUUUGCCCCGGGGCCCUGGGGCCGGCGCCUCUUCCCGCCGCACCUCAAGGUAAAACCCGGCGACGGCGACGAGUACGCCUGGCGGCUGUACAUGAUCUCCUCGGGAUUCGACAACCAGGGGUGCGAGAACGUCCUGGCCUGCGAGGGCGGCGAGGGGCAGCGUGGCGAGGAGAUCGUCGGCUGGGCGCAGUGGGUCGACUCGAAUGCUGAGCCGAACGGCGGGAUGAGCCUCGAUGAGAAGAAAGCCAAGAUGGAGAGGGAGCUGGGCGCUAACCCGGCAGGGCUGGACACGGAGGCGUUCGAGACGCUGAGCAGGGAGGGCCUGCGCCUCGAGGCGAGGGGCGAUGAGUAUUUGGGUACCGGGCGGUCCAAGAAUUCGUGGCUGCUGAGUUACCUGCUCGUCGACCCGAAACACCAUAGGAAAGGCAUCGGCAGGCUCCUAGCCAAGGAGGGGCUCGACCGAGCCGCCAGCCAGGGAAGAGACGUGCGCCUGCGGGCGACGCCCGCGGGCCGCACGUUGUACCUCGCUUUGGGCUUCGAGGAAGUCUGCGAGGAGAAGAUAUUCGGCGACAGCCAGUACGCUAUGAUAUGGAGGGCUCCCAGCCUCGUGCGGGACGGCUGA